AUGGCUACCUGUGUUAGUGGCAAUGCUAAUGUCUUAAUAGCCUAUGCUCCUAGGAUUAAUAGUAGUUAUAAAAUCGCACCCAAAUAUUUGGUUGUCGGUUCAUUAUCCAAAUCACCAGCAAAAAGUAUAAGCAUCAGAAGAAGAGGGUUUUCGGGUGCAAAAAUAAGAGCCGAAAGCGAGAGCAUAAUCAUGGAGAAAUCUGGUAUCAAAGUCGUCAAUAACCCUCCUGAAUCCAAGCUCUCUGAGCUCGGCGUCCGAUCUUGGCCCAAGUGGGGAUGUCCUCCAAGCAAAUUCCCAUGGACUUACUCGUCAAAAGAAACAUGCUUCUUGUUGAAGGGAAAGGUGAAGGUUUACCCUGAUGGAUCUGAUGAGGCAGUCGAGUUUGGUGCUGGUGACUUAGUGGAGUUUCCCAAGGGAAUGAGCUGUACUUGGGAUGUGUCGGAAGCUGUGGACAAGCAUUAUAUGUUUGAAUGA